AUGACCCUACCGCCACUGCUCACAGGCCAGGUGUGUGCCAUCACCGGCGGUCUCACGGGAAUAGGCCGAGCCAUCGCCAUAACAUUUCUUUCUCACGGAGCAAAAGUCGCCAUCAACUAUCUCGCCUCACAUAACAAAGAUGAAGAGAAGCUCUUGUCGUCACUACGCACCGAGGCCUUCGAUGCCAUCAAGUCCCGCUCCGCCGGCCCCAGUGGCCGCACAGAACCCGUCCACAAUCUCGAUGAGGUGCCAUUGCUUACUGUGGCCGGAGACGUCUCGCAGCCCGAAGCAGGCCAGGACCUGGUCAACCAGACGGUGUCACGGUUCGGACGGCUGGACACUUUCAUUUCCAACGCGGGAAUCUGUCGCUUUGAAGAGUUCCUCGAGAUCUCGCCCGAGAGCUGGCAGCGGCAUCUGAACACCAAUUUGUCCGGAGCGUUCUAUGCCGUCCAAGCAGCCGCGCAGCAGAUGACAAAGCAGAUGCCUCAGGGCGGCUCGAUCAUUGGGGUCUCAAGUAUUUCGGCACUGGUAGGUGGCGCGCAGCAGUGUCACUACACGCCGACUAAGGCUGGGAUCUUGAGUCUGAUGCAGUCCACGGCAACGGCGUUGGGCAAGUAUAAUAUCAGAUGCAAUGCGCUGUUGCCGGGGACGAUACGCACGCAGUUGAACGACGAGGAUCUCGCGGACGGGAGUGACAAGAAGAAAUACAUGGAGGGAAGGAUUCCGCUGGGGAGGUUGGGGAAGCCGGACGAUAUGGCUGGACCGGCGGUGUUUCUGGCAUGUGGCGAGUUGUCGUCGUAUGUCACAGGAGCCGCGAUUCUCGUUGAUGGAGGAGCGUUUGUGAACUUUCAGUAG